AUGGCCACCGCUAUUAAUAGGAUAACCGAAGUGCUAAAACGUUUGACGGACCGUCAAGGUCCUGGACCAGUGCAUCAACAACCUGGUGGGCAGUUAGAUACUGAAGAUAGGGCCUUGGAGAGGUUCCUAAAGUUUGGGCCGCCUAAGUUUCAAGGUGGGCCAGAGCCUGAAAUAGCUGAGGGAUGGUGGGAGAGAAUAUCUGAUAUUUUUGCCACAUUGGAUUACACUGAGACGCGGAAAGUGACUUUUGCGUCAUUUCAAUUUGAAGGAGCUGCACGGUCUUGGUGGAAUCUAAUUAAGGAUAAGUGGGAUAGAGACCGUACCCCUAGUACUUGGGCAAACUUCACCCGUGAGUUUAAUGCCAAAUUUCUUCCACCUCUAGUCCAAGAGAAAAGGGAGGAUGACUUUAUUAAGUGCAAACAAGGGGCCAUGAGUGCAGCAGAGUAUGAAACCAACUUUACUAAAUUAGCCCGAUAUGCCCCUGACCUGAUAGCCACUGAGCAGAGACGCAUUAGAAGAUUUGUGAAAGGGCUCAAUGUGGAGAUUCAAGAGGGGCUAGCAACUGCUCAAAUUAACACGUAUAGUGAUGCCGUAGAGAAAGCUUAG